AUGACGGGAUUCUUGAUCAUGUUUCCUGGUGCCAUCUCGAUAGCACGUGAUUACUGGCCGUUCGGAGACAUGUUGUGCAGAUUCCAAGCAGGAUUGGCUUACAUGUUCUCCUGUUCGUCCUCCUACAACAUUGCCUUUAUCAGCAUGGACAGGGCGCUGGCUGUCACUGGAAGACUCAUUAGAAGAUGUACAGCCGUAAUAACAACCCCAAAACCUGAAACGACUGUCCCAGCAGACACCACAACCGUCGAUCCAGCAGACACCACAACCACCAAUCCAGCGACCACCACCGUCGAUCCAGCAGACACCACAACCACCAAUCCAGCGACCACCACCGUCGAUCCAGCAGACACCACAACCAUCGAUCCAGCAGACACCACAACUGUCGAUCCAGCAGACACCACAACCGUCGAUCCAGCGGAGACCACAACCGUCGAUCCAGCAGACACCACAACCGUCGAUCCAGCAGACACAACAACCGUCGAUCCAGCGGAGACCACCACCGUCGAUACAGGAGAUGGAAGAUAA